CUCGCCGGCGUGUCCAGCUCAGCUUGUGUCUGCUCAGAAAAAGCCAACAAUGAACUUAUUAAAGUUGAAAGCGAGCCUGAAGACGACUUCAUCCCGGAUUUGUUCGCUCUACACAACAAAGAGCGAAAUGAGCUGGAGUGAGAAGUUCAUUCUGCUUAUCUCAUGCCUCAUGACCAGUUUCAUUUUGGCUUUUUUUUGCCUCCUUGGUCUCCGCUUCCCUUUAAAUUUUGGCACUGAGGUCUCCAUUGCUACUACAUCAGCGUUUUGGCUUUGUGUUACACUAGCUAUGUGGUUUUCACCAAAUGUUCGCUGUUUCGGAAUUCUGUUCCUGAUGUCCAUCAGCUUGAAACAAGGCAAGAAACAGCUCCUUACAGCUGGAACAACAGUGGUGAUCUUCUUGAACAUCCGGAACACUCUGAUGAACAUGAAGGGACUUGGAAAGAGUUUAGUCUGCAAUUUGGAGGAAAAGCUUAUUUCCAUUGACCUAGCACCUCUCAGCAACUAUAUCCGCAUGAUAAAAUGGGUGGCUUCCGAGCUUAAAAAAGGCCUGAUCAAUUUUUUGGGCGGGAAUUAUCACACUGACUUCAAACUGAAGCCGAUUGUGCAUUCAGGAGAGUUAACGAAGAAAAUAUCCGAAGCCCAGAGGACCAUGAAUAACACUGCUGAGAGUGUGUUGGUUGUCAUUGACGGAAUUUCAUCCAUAGGAAAGCAAAUAUCUCCGGUUUUAGGAGUCGCGAUCCUCGUUAUUGCCACGGCCCUCUACCUGAGGAGGUUUCGUUUGAACAGAAAGCAGAAAAAUGUGUUCAUUACAAAAAAAUUCUUGAAGUAUGAUGAAAGCCAACGAUUACAGGGAAAGCCCUCAGUUCUCCCUCUGACUAAGAAGGAAUCGAAACGUUACAUUAUUGUUCCCUCUGCCCAUUUAACCAAAAAAGAUGUGAAAACCAUGCUUAAAUUCAGCAUGUCGAUUGUAACUCAUAGUAUGGCCUGGCUCUUCUUCGUUGGACUCGAUGCUCUUGUUUAUUGGAUUAUCUCUGUUUUGAGCAAGCGAUUAGAAGAACUGAAGCCACUCCAUGUUCCUGUGUUACUGAAAGUGGAGGAAGGAAUCUUCUUUAUCGGCAUCAACGUUGAACGUGAUCGAAAAGUCUAUGACUUUUCCUACGAUGUGCCCGUUUUUGAAAAGAAGUGCUUGCCAGCUCCAGAACUAUGGCUCUACAAAUCAGUCCUCCCUCUGUCGGUCAUCUUCGGCUUGCUGGUUCUUCUGGUCGUGGUGUCUUCAAAGCUCAGUCAGUUGAGGCUCAUCGUGUCUGAGCAGUUCUACUCAGAAGACGCAGAGAAGCGGAUUGCAGAGCUGCAUGCCAAGAUCCUGAAACGAAGAUCGAAAUGGACAGCAAAGGAUGCCAAAAGAACCCUGAAAUCAUUUGCCACACAGCUCCACUUUUGGUUCCCCAUCAUUUUCCGUUAUCAAAACAACAACCUUGAGAAUGGAUUAUAAGUUUCGUUUUCAGUUUAUUUUUAAUAAACUUGCUAAUUUUUAAAAAAAUUUUAUAGAUAAAACCUAGCUUCACUGGUAUACAUUUUGUAUACAUCCGUUAUACAAUACUAAAAAAAAAAUAGGUUCAAUCUGGAACUGUCUCU